UUAGUUGACUUUUUAAGUUAAUGUGUUUAGUUAUUAGAUACAGGGGGAAGACCAUGCCAAGAACUGUAAAUAAUGUUUUAUUGUAAAAGAAACCCCUUGUGUUGAUUUAAGCAUUGUUGCUGGGAUUUCCAUUGCAAGGAACUUCAAGAACCACCGUGAAUCUAUUUACAGAGAGAAUAAUUUGCUUUCUAGGUUAUAUUUGUUACAUAAAACUCCGAAUAUGAUGCUAAGCCCUGACCAGACGGACUCUGACCACCCGUGGGCUCAGUCUGACGCUGAAUCUGUGCUAAAUGAUAUGAAAGUAGGCUGCAUUUCAGACGACCCGGGAGAUGGAGAGGGAAAGAUCAGAACGAUUGCUACACAGAACCUUAGCCGGGAAGAGAAGCGCAGGAGACGGAGAGCCACAGCCAAAUAUCGUUCGGCACACGCUACGCGGGAGAGGAUCCGUGUGGAGGCGUUCAAUGUGGCAUUUGCAGAAUUGAGAAAAUUACUACCAACCCUCCCCCCUGAUAAGAAGCUGUCAAAAAUUGAAAUCCUCAGGCUGGCAAUCUGCUACAUCUCUUAUCUGAACCAUGUUCUGGACGUGUAGGAAUGGUAUAGAAUAUAUAUUUUAAAGGUGGGAAUAUCGCAAAACCUUGAGAUUCAUUUUAGAAGAGAAGUGUGUUUGACUCCAGUAGGCCUAUGCAGAGUGGAAUUGAAAGAAACCCGGAGAAGAACGAAAAAUAAAUCCCCGCCAUUGCAAAUGAUUAUUUUCUGUGGGUUUUCUUAUGUUGACAAACGAAAACAUGAAAUAAAAUCAAACACUCAUAUAAUGCAAUAGAAAAAAAAAAAAAAAAAAAAAAAAACACAGAAAUAAUCUUGCUUAACUUGAACACAGUAAUUCUUUGCAGGCUGUCAAAUGCAACUUGAACUUGUCGCAAAUGUUGUUUUAUGUUUGUGACCUUAAUAUUAUAUUUAAUUAGGAAAAACAAAAACAAAAAAGAUCUGGCAAAGAUCCUUAAAAAAGGGGAAAAAAACAAAAGAAAAAUCUGAUAUUUUCCAAGCUAAGUGCCACUUCUUUCCAAAAACAUUUAUUUGUGACCUUAAUAUUUGAUAUUUUAUUUCU